GCAGGCACCGAACAAUCCAGAGACAAAGCUCCCUAAGAUUGACAAUCAACUGCCCAGAACACAUCCUUCAAAAGGUCCAGAGUUUGCAGGAGAGCUAUGGAUUACUACAGAAAAUAUGCAGCUGUCAUUCUGGUCAUGCUGUCCAUGUUCCUGCAUAUUCUUCAUUCUCUUCCUGAUGGAGACCUUAUUAUUCAGGGUUGCCCAGAAUGUAAACUAAAGGAAAACAAAUACUUCUCCAAGCUGGGUGCCCCCAUCUAUCAGUGUAUGGGCUGUUGCUACUCCCGGGCGUACCCCACCCCCGCAAGGUCCAAGAAAACAAUGCUGGUUCCAAAGAAUAUUACCUCGGAGGCCACGUGCUGUGUGGCCAAAGCAUUUACUAAGGCCACAGUAAUGGGAAAUGCCAGAGUGGAGAACCACACGGAGUGCCACUGCAGUACUUGUUACUACCACAAGUCGUAGCUUCCGUGUACGUGCAGAGGGCUCUGCUGAUGACUGCUGAUCCGUGCGGUGGUACCAUGUGUCACCACCACCUCCUCCUCCUGUCCAGACUUCUGACACGCUUCAGUUACACACUGCCGCUUUACUGUCACAUCCCUUAUACUUCAGUACAAUCAGCAGUCUCUUCUCAUUAGAGAAAAGUGUAGUAUUUACCAGAAAUAAAGCCUUUUUAAUCA